ACGUACCACUGCGCUUCCUUGUGUUAGUGGUGCAAGCCAGGGGGACGAUUUUGGUCAUGUUUUAUCAUGUUUUGAGAAGGUUGUCGACGGGGACAGUUGUUAUUCGUCGUUGUGCGGGACAAACGCUUCGUGUACCGGCCAUAAGUCCCGCUGUUGUCUCGGCCCGGAGCUUCUCUGAGCCCGUUCAGAACACGGUGCAGCCGCCUUUUGACGCCUCUCUGCUGGACGUGCUCGUCUGCCCUCUGUCCAAGAAGCCCCUUAGGUACGAAGCUGAAACCAAUGAACUGAUCAAUGACGAACUUGGAAUUGCAUAUCCAAUUGUCGAUGGUAUCCCCAACAUGAUUCCCCAGGACGCCAGACUGAUCAAGAAAACUCCAGAGACACCCGCCCAGGAGUAGGGACCACCACAUUUAAUAGACUAAGCAAUAUAUGACCAUUAAGUGAACACAAUAAGCCAUGAUAGCCUUGCCUCUGCUGGUGGGGCUGGUUCCUUUCUUGUCCCUGUGUGGACUGUUUUACUCUGCAGCGGUGGAUGAGAACU